AUGGCCGUAUAUAUCAAGCAAAGCCCUCCCCGCGAGGGAGUACGCGGGGGGUGGGAAGACUUCAAGUGGGAGUCUCUCAAAACACAGACGAACGCCGACCGCGACUAUUACCUCGGUGCGAGCGCGAAGGUGGGGAUAUGCACGCGGGGGGGGAAAUUCGAGAAGUACGAUUGGUGGACGAAGAAGAAAGAGGCUGACGGUCCCAGUGGAGUUGAAGACGAGGAACUACGGAGAGUGAAGCGCUUCGAGCAACAACUCCUGGAGGAGGCUUUGGGAAGAAGGCCGCGCCAUCUCCUCGCAGGCGAAGCCCUUGCAGAUGAAGAACCAGCAGAGCCACCGGUAGCUACAACUGCAGCUGCCGACGACCGCCGGGCCGCUGAGAAAGCGCUGAAGAAGCUGAAGAAAGAACAAAGGAAGUUGAAGAAGCUGCGGAAAAAGGAGCACAAGAGGGAAGCAAAGCGUCUGCGGCUGAAGAGAGAGCGACACAGCGAAUCCCGUUCCCCGCGACGUCGUUCCUCUUCAGUUGACAACGAAAGGCGCGGCGACAGCCACAGGCAUGGUCGCGUCAAGAGGCGUCGGGGCAGCCCGAGUCCGAGUAACCAUGAUACACGCAAAAGCAAAAGCCGUCGUGCAGACGGACCGUCAGUUGACGUUGCUAGGAUAAAGCGUUGUUCGUCUGAGGAAAGAAGACCCGCUGAGAUGAGGUUGGAGGGGAAGGAGCGGAUGCAAAGAGAAGAACGCAGGGAACAGCGGGAUAAAGAUAGGCAUCACAGGGAUACAGAUAGACACCAUACGCGCCGGCGUUAA